CCGCCUCUUCUGCUCAACACCAAUGUAUAGCUGUCUCUCAGCGAAACUGCGGAGAGAGCCCGGAGCCCGGCCUUCCUGAACGAUGCGUCUUCUCGAACGCAACGCCGCCGGCGAUAUCCGCCUGACCAAGUUCUUUACCAGCAACGUUCCCCGAUAUGCGAUACUUUCGCACACCUGGGGUACGGAGGAGGAGGAGAUCAGCUUUCAGGAUCUGAUGGAUGGUAUAGGCGAAAACAAAGUCGGCUAUAACAAGAUCCGAUUUUGUGGAGAUCAAGCAUGGCGUGACGGUUUGCAGUUCUUUUGGGUAGACACAUGCUGCAUCAACAAGCCGGACAACACGGAGCUCCAGGAAGCUAUCAAUUCCAUGUUUCGCUGGUACCGUGAUGCGGCUAAAUGUUAUGUUUAUCUCGCAGAUGUCUCGACCCCCUCCCUCGGCGCUGACGACAACUCCAGUUGGGAGCUGGCUUUUCGAAACAGCAGAUGGUUCACCCGCGGAUGGACCCUCCAAGAGCUUAUCGCUCCACCGUCUGUCGAAUUCUUCUCGAAGGAGGGCGUACAUCUGGGGAACAGGAGAUCUCUAGAGCAACAUAUUCACAAUACAACGGGAAUCCCUGUCGGAGCCCUUCGAGGUAGCCCUCUAUCUCAGUUCAGCGUCUCCGAGCGAAUGGCAUGGACGGAGAAGCGCAACACCACACGCAAAGAAGACAAGGCAUACUCACUACUGGGCAUUUUCAACAUCCACAUGCCGCUUAUCUAUGGAGAAGGGGAAAACAAUGCAUUCAGACGGCUGCGAGAUGAGAUCAGUAAGGCUUCAAGGGCCGAACGGGUCUACGAUCAAGCGGACGAUCGCUGUCUGGCCGACCUGCGCUGUACGGACCCGCGGCACGACAAGAUGCGCAUCGAGCAGACCAAAGGCGGCUUGCUAGCAGACUCAUAUCGCUGGGUCCUAGACAACGCCGAUUUCCGACAAUGGCGCGACGAUGGACAGAGCCGGCUGCUCUGGAUCAAGGGCGAUCCUGGCAAGGGCAAGACUAUGCUACUAUGUGGUAUCAUCAACGAACUGAAGUCCACCUGUAACUCCAGUCUUCUCUCAUUCUUCUUCUGCCAGGCUACCGACGCGAGCAUCAACAAUGCCACGGCUGUUCUGCGCGGCCUGAUCUACCUUCUCGUGGACCAACAACCAUCCUUUAUCUCGCACGUACGGAAGAAGUACGACGCUGCAGGGAAUCCAAUCUUCAGGGACGUGAAUGCAUGGGUAGCCUUGUCGGGGAUCUUUGCCAGCAUUUUAAAUGACCCAAGCCUGCCUCACACCUACCUGAUCAUCGACGCACUUGACGAGUGUACUACAGGCUUGGACCAGCUUCUUCGCCUUGUAGUCCAGAGAUCGUCGGCUUACUCGAGUGUCAAGUGGGUCGUAUCUAGUCGCAACUGGCCGAGCAUCGAGAAGGAUCUUGACGCCGCGGCGCAGAGAGUCAGGCUGUCGCUUGAGUUGAAUGAAGCGUCCGUCUCCGCGGCUGUUACUGCAUAUGUCCGGUUCAAGGUGGAUGGGUUGGCGGAGCGAAAUGAAUACGACAACGACACGAGGAGCGCUAUCGAGCGCUACUUGGUUACAAACGCACAUGGCACCUUCCUCUGGGUGGCUUUGGUAUGCCAACAGCUCGCGAACAUCUCGGGAUGGGAAGCAGAGGAAAUGUUGACAACAUUUCCACCUGGACUCGAUACACUCUACAGACGGAUGAUGGACCAGAUCUACAACUCGAGACACGCUAAGCUAUUUCAAAGAAUACUGGCUGUCGUCUCAGUCGUAUACCGACCUAUUACAUUGGACGAACUACCGGCACUCGUGGACACGCCCAACCGUGUCUCUAGCAAUGGCAAAGCUCUAGCAGAGAUUGUAGGGCUUUGCGGCUCUUUUCUGACACUUCGCGAACGCACAAUAUCUUUUGUCCAUCAAUCCGCCAAGGACUUCUUGCUCAAACAGGCACGCGAUGAGAUCUUUCCAUCUGGGAGAGAAGAAGUACACCGUACUAUAUUCUCGCGAUCGCUUCGAGUUAUGCAGAAAACAUUGCGACGCGACAUAUAUAACCUUGGCACUCCUGGAUUUCCUAUUGACAAAGUCAGACCACCCGAUCCAGAUCCGCUAGCUGCAGUACAGUACUCGUGCGUGUACUGGAUUCACCAUCUGCGUGGCUGUGAUCCCGAGAAGAACGCGAACAAGGACCUCCAGGGUGGCGGAUCGAUCGAUAUCUUUCUGCGCGAGAAGUAUCUCCACUGGCUAGAGGCUCUCAGCCUUCAAAAGAGCAUGUCAGAAGGAGUGGCUUCAAUGCUGAGCCUUGAGGAUCUGUUUGAGGCACGAAAGGAGACAUCACUUCUCAUCGAUCGCGUCCGAGAUGCAUGUCGGUUUAUCCUAUACCACAAGUGGGCAAUUGAGAACAGCCCUCUUCAGGUGUACGCUUCCGGACUUGUAUUCAGCCCAGUCGGUAGCAUAACGAGGGAUCAGUUUAAGAAUGAGGAGUCUAAAUGGAUCAUCCGAAAACCAACGAUGGCGGACAAUUGGAGCGCAUGCCUACAAACGCUCGAGGGCCAUAGCGACUGGGUCAACUCCGUGGCCUGGUCGCCUGAUGCGAGCCGGCUGGCGUCGGCAUCACGCGAUAAGACAGUCAAGAUCUGGGAUCCGACGACCGGCCAGUGCAUGGCGACGCUCGAGAUCGGUCGCAUCAACAGUCUCCAGUUCCAUGAAUAUAACCCCGACCUUGUACAUACCGACCUUGGCAUAUUCGACUUGAAAACCGUCGGAAUCUGUACGGCCUUUGACUCUACCUCUACUGAUCGUUCAUCACCAGCCGCUAUUGGAUACGGCUUGAGCCGUAACGGUACCUGGAUUACGUAUAAAGGAAAAAACCUGCUAUGGCUGCCGCCUGAGUAUCGGCCAUCAUCUUCUGCUAUAUCUGGAACGGCUAUGUCAAUCGGCUGUUCUUCAGGCCGUAUCUUGUUCUUUAUCUUCACAGACAGCAAUCUGAUUCAGUAGUUGUACUCUUUUACUUUUGACGUUCUGGCUCCUUGCACUUUCUCUAUUUUUUCUUUUCAUAGCGUGCCACAGGAAGGGUGUAGGAGAACCGGUUAA